ACUCUGCUAGAACAGGAGCAACAAGAUCUACAUCGGUAUCUCAGAGCCGCUCUACUCAACUCCCUACGUGCCAAUCACCCACCUUACCUCCAUGUGCCAUCAGAAGUGCAAAAAAACAGCACUGAACUCGCUAAAUACGUAUGGAGAGCUGAGGAGCGAAGGAAAGCGUGAUCACAGGGAAGGUCUUGGAAGAGAGCCGGUCGUACAUGUGUCACUGCGAGUCCAAGAAGUGCAACCUACAUGAUUGUAUGUUUUGCGGAGAAGUAGUUCCACAACUAAUUACUUACUUGAUGGCACCGAAGAAGCUUGAGCUCAACAAGCGAUCUGAGAAGUGAGAUGACCUCGAAAUGCAGGCAUGAGAAAAGGGUUUGCCUUGCAAAUUUCACACUAUAUCCGUGAUAACAUGAACUGCGGUCGAGUGAUGAACUGGCGCUGUACCUGCCGCCCACAUGUGCAGUCAAUGAUUUUACUACUCCCAGGUGUGAACAGCUAUAAUUUUACAACAAGUACAUGUAACUACUUAUUUAUACCGGUAAUUACUUUUUUUUAACUAGGUCGCGAGACUCGUUCAUUCAAAUGUUCAGAAUAUUCAUUCAUUUCAGGAAACUCCGUGGUUGUUUGCUUGCAACGUCAACAAGAUAAUGGCUGUCACCAAAGGCACAUCAUCGUCAUGUACCUCAACUGCAACGUUGCUCAACGCGUACCGUAACCUGCUUUCCAUGCGGGGACAUUCUGAGCUUGGCGGUCAGGCAGCGCACUCCUUCGGCGAACAUACGCAGUAGAGGACGCGUGAGAAAAUUCACAACCAACCUAUUCUUUUCUUACGUACAUUAAUUUUGUUUGUGCUGACUGAUGGAGGUCAUUCGGAGCUCAACUCUCCUUGUGGUGCUCUAGCGCGGCCCUAGCGGGUCUACUGGAAUUAUACCGCCUGCCUUCGUCUUCCUCAUCUCUAAGACUUCAGAACGGCAUCCAUACAGCUGCAGGCGUUGAGCCGAGAUGGCCAGUCAAGAAUCACAAAAGGAACUGGACCUCUUGCGGCGGCUGGACGCGGUCAGGAGACGCAAAGCCGAAAUAGACCAAGCUCUGGCAAGGAAGGAGCCAGGUGCAGCACGGCAAGGUGUUGGACAGCUCCAGUCCUCCAGUCGAGCUGGCACUAUUCCACACUAUCACCUGAGAUAUGAGGAAUGGAAGCAGGAGAAACAGAGGCGACUUGCCGAGCUCAAGCAGGAAAGGGAAGAGCUGCUGGCAAAGAUGUCCGUUUUCUACUCCGGAACUGGGGUUCAACGUGAACAACAGCCUACGGUGGACAGAGUGCUGACGGAGGAAGAGAUUGAGAGUGCAGUGGAAAGAGCUGAGGCCAAAAUCCCUCUGUGGAAGGAGCGAGUGCAGCACAUGAAAAUAUCGGAGAAAGCCUAUCGUCGGUGGGUGCGCAUGAACUACAGCCGUCACUCCUGCGACGGCUGGCAGCUGCAAGACUACGACAUGGUGCGUGGCCUAGUGGUGGAUGUACUGUUGCCCAGGGUGCUGGAGAGGUGUUUCGAUGAAAGAGACCACCUGGAAGUGCGCAGGAGGCAGCAUGAGCGGGAUCUAAAAGCAUUGCAACGACAAGAGGAGGAGGCGAGGUUCCUGAAGGGAAUGACCUCGGAGCUAGACAUCAUCAUUCACUCCGUGGUCAAGCUGAAGGUGCGUGAGGUGGCUGGUGAGGUCCUAUCACUUGGUGGGUGGACAGGCGAGGCUUCCCGGGCUAUCUGUGCCGUUGCUGCAUACCAACAGAGCAUGCCGCAAGAAGUCGUACAAGAGUCUUGGAGAAGGAUUGUUAGGCAACGAGCUGCUGAGGAAGAGGAUCAUAUUUCCGUUCACACUCAGAAACUGUCACUACUUGGAGAAGAUGGAUCUGUAACCGUUGGUGAUGAACCAACGCUGAUCAUGUGGAAUGAUGUCAAAGUACUUCAAAACACAGCCUCAAACCAGCAAACAGGUGGUCUUUGCGAAGAGGAUGAAGAUUUUGAGCAGACGGAAUUACAUUACUGGAAGGGCUUCAUGGCAAAACCGUUGGUGCAACUCCAGAACCCAUUUGCCAGUAAAUGGGAAGUAACCGCUGCCUGCCUUGAUGAGGGACAUGAUCAACUAGCUCUGGCCAAUAAGGAUGGUACAAUCGUUGUCUGGUAUACGGAUACUCAACAGCCGUUUGCAUGUGUCAAUCCAUCUGCAAGUCAACCAUCGGUUAAUCAAUCCAGUCCUGCCCUGCACCUGGCCUGGUCAUGCGACUCAAAGCGGCUUGCCGGCGUACAUGGAAAUGGCUCACUGAGUGUGUGGAGUAGACAGGCACGGCCUGCGCGCCAGUCCGUUGUAUCAACACAGGCCACUGUGGCCGCCCCCGCAAGACUCAGGAAAUUGCUGUCGAAAGGUUCCAUUCUGAGCCUCCCUGUGCAAGCCCAAGCCAUACUGUCUGAACUCUCACUAUUCAUCACUGAGCCUGCAGCAUCCAUCACUGGGGAUUUGAAUGGCGACAACAAGGUCAGCCACCUGAUCUGGCCAUCCCCAACUGCCAUGGGAUCGACACAGGAUAGACUGGUCUUUGGCCUGACCUGUGGAACCAUUGUUCAGCUUGUCCUUGACCCCAGCACAGGGGUAGUGCGAAUGAGAUCCACAUUCCAAGGCCACUGUGCACGGCUGGUUGCACUGGAACUCAUCAAGAACCAAGCCGUCAUGAUGUCGAUGGAUGAGGACGGUGUCCUUUGCAAAUGGAGUCAAUCCAGCUCGUGUCAGAAUGUGCGUGGAUGGUAUUCGCCAAUUGCAAAAUUCCGGCUGAAUCUGCUGGAAACUCGACUGGUACAUCUUCAGCAGUAUGACAAGCUCACUUUCACUGACAAAAAGACGAUAAAGCGAUCCAGCAAGCAAGUUUCCAAAGAGAGAUGGGAAAGUGAACAAACCAUAUCCAAAUUGAAAUUACCGCAACAAGCCUGGCACUACUCUACAACAAACAUCACUGCUACAUCCGUAAUGGCGCCACAGCAUACGAUUCCGGACAGUCGCACAACGUUUUACAGCAUCACUCGCAUGAAGAAGGAUAACCGCUUGGUGCAGCUGGAAGAGCACCUGUAUGAACCGCAGCAGGGUGAUAGAAUGCCUCUACUGGCCGCAGUCAUUGAUCCAAGCCGCCAUGUUCUUCUAGUCGCUCUUCUCUGUCAGGGCAGUCCACCAAGAGAUCCUUACAUCACACUCUUGCAGAUCUGCCUGUCCAGCUUUGAAGUCGUCACACCUCGUGUUGAUGUACUGCUGUCCGCUAGGCAAGUUGAGUGUGUGAGGGCGGAAAGGAGAAUUGCCAUGGCUAUCUCCGACGAGCUAUUGCACCCUGGAUGUCGCUAUGCUCUUCUUGCGGCUGGAAACAUACUUCAAGUAGUGUCUUUAGCAACAGGGCAGACUGUGAUGUGUGCAUCUGAUGUAGCCGCUAACAGUGGUCUCGACCGCAGUGGCUGUCAGCUGAGUAGCAACCAGGCCAGGAUACCAGCACCGACCUCCAAACUGCAUGCUAUGCACUCUGGCACCAGCUUCAGCAUACUGGUGACUGAAAAGUCCAUGGUGUCUGUUCUAGAACUUCACCGAGGUGAAAAUGGUGGUGAUGACAACGACCAGAGUGAAGCCAUGGUUGUCAACAACAAAAACUAUAGAGAUGCAUUUGCGAAGCACAGUUACUACACAGAUGAGUCACUGGUGCAGCGGCAACACCCUCCACCACAUUGUCUGCUCUCCACGGCUGGCGACGAACCCUACAAUCCUACAGCUGUUGCCGAGUACAUUAAAGAUUUGCUGGCGGAGCUGGCAGAGAAUGCAGUUGAUAAUGUCAACAGCAGACAAUCACAACCCACUGCUGCAUCAUCUGUGCUACCAUCUGACAAUCCAACGCCUCUCCGUGAAGCACGGCGGUCAGUUGCUAAUAGCAGUAGACAUACCAGCAGAGUUCAGUAG